CCAAGAGGCACGGAAGCUUCCUUUUGUCCCGCCGCACUCGACGGCGAGACACACAUCAUAUCAACUCGUCGAGUCUCCUGAGUGCGCAAGCAUGUAACCUGCAAUACAUUAACUAUGACCAGCGCAUUCCACUGGACUAGCUUCGAAUCUCUGUUUGACUAAAGCCCAUGGACUACACCAAUAGCGGCCAGGGACCACGCAUCGCUACGAACGGAAGAGUUGGUGUCGUUUUGGUCUCACUGUAUUCAUGGACCGCCGUGGCCAUCGGAGUGGCUGUAACCAGAUUCAUCAUAGGUCUGGUACACCAAAUAAUCUUUGGACUGGAUGACUGGAUGGUUCUUGCUGGAAGUGUUGUCUACAUUGGCUCCACCAUCAGCUGGCAAUAUGCAGUCAACGGAGGCCUGGGACAACACUUCGCCAGCCUCAGUGCAAGAGAAAUCUCUCUAUACUUCAAAGCGGUGUACGCAGCACAACUUCUCCACAUUAUGGUAAUGGCACUGGCGAAGUUGUCCGGCGCAUUUUUGAUAAAUCGCAUUGCACCCCAAGCACGAUACAAGAGAUUUUUACUCUUCGGAAGUAUCGGAUUAUACACAAUCUACUCAAUUUUCGCCUUCGCUUUCCAGUGUGGUGCUUCGGAGCCUUGGAUUCUCAACCCUCCGGUCUGCAGUCAAGGCGGGCCAAUGUAUUCGAUCAUUGCACUAAAUAUUAUCUCCGACAUUCUCCUUGCAGGUUGGAUCGUCCCCAUUUUGCGGAACUUGAAUAUAGAUCGGGAGAGACGUACGACAGUAGCCGUUCUUUUUGGUUCAAGAGCGAUCGUGCCAAUGGUGGCUGUUCCCCAAAUAUGGGCUGUGUGGAGGGCGAGUCGGAGCACCGAUCCCACCAACGAUAUGUUCGAGUUAGCUCUGCUGGAACAGGCCGUAACAAGUCUGUCACUCAUUCUCGCCAGUCUGCCUCGGGUCAAGAGGCUCCUUGGAGUCGCUGGAAGCGGCCUCUUGGAUGCACGAAUAUCCGACCGCGAAGUCGUGCGAUCUGCACAAAGAACAACGUCGAAAACCGAUAGCAUCCCUUUGAAACUACUUCCUUCGCGGUCGACGAAGUAUACCACGACGGUCGUGUCGGGGACAGACAAUAGCGGGAAUGGUAAUAAAGGCAUGUCAGAUUGGCACAAGUACCUGGCUAUGGGAAGCAGGCAUGACGAUCAUACGAGCACCUCAAGUCUGUUCGAGCGCCAGGCCGGGGUCAUGGUACAUGAAGAAGUGACUAUUGAAAUUGAGCGCAGGGAAUCUAGCUAGCGGGUUUGGUCGUCCGAAGGGACUUGGUGCUUUGCGCACGAUAACGUUUUUGUUUUUCCUAAUGAUACCCUAAACAGUCUUUUGAUUCAUCAUCAAUGAGCCGUUGCAUAGUGAUACUUCAAUAAAUCUCGAUGAUUUUUGCCCCUCCCCGACCUAGAAAAGCGAC